CCCCCCCCUCCUCCUUCCGUUAACUGUUGUAAAAUGGCGGAGCGUUCUGCGCUGGAGGUGAGGAGCCUGGUCUCUCACCCAGCAGGCUGGCAGUCCCUCCUGUCCUUCACUGUCCUCUUCUUGGCCUGGCUGGCUGGAUUCAGCUCCAGGUUAUUCGCCGUCAUUCGUUUCGAGAGCAUCAUUCAUGAGUUUGAUCCGUGGUUUAACUACCGUUCCACACAUUAUCUUGCAUCCCAUGGGUUCUACGAUUUUCUAAACUGGUUUGAUGAAAGAGCAUGGUAUCCUCUGGGAAGAAUAGUCGGAGGAACGGUGUAUCCUGGCUUGAUGGUCACGGCAGGCUGUAUACACUGGAUUUUGAAUACGCUUCAUAUAACAGUCCACAUCCGGGAUGUCUGUGUCUUUCUAGCACCUGUGUUCAGUGGUCUUACAGCAAUAUCAACCUUUCUUCUCACUAAGGAGCUCUGGAACCAAGGGGCAGGACUAUUGGCUGCCUGCUUCAUCGCCAUAGUACCAGGCUAUAUAUCACGAUCAGUAGCAGGCUCAUUUGACAAUGAAGGAAUAGCUAUUUUUGCAUUACAGUUUACAUAUUACCUGUGGGUCAAAUCUGUGAAAACUGGCUCUAUUUUCUGGACGAUAUGUUGCUGCUUGUCCUACUUUUACAUGGUAUCCGCAUGGGGUGGCUACGUGUUCAUCAUCAACCUUAUCCCACUACAUGUGUUUGUAUUGCUACUGAUGCAGAGGUUCAGCAGAAGGAUCUAUAUAGCUUACAGCACCUUCUACAUUGUGGGCUUAAUAUUAUCAAUGCAAGUACCAUUUGUGGGCUUUCAACCAAUCCGAACCAGUGAGCACAUGGCAGCAGCUGGUGUAUUUGCCCUGAUGCAAGCUUAUGCCUUCUUGCAGUAUUUGAGAGACAGACUGACGAAGCAGGAGUUCCAGACACUCUUUUUCUUGGGGGUGUCUCUUGCUGCUGGAGUGGUGUUUCUGAGCGUUAUUUACUUAACUUAUACUGGCUAUAUUGCCCCAUGGAGUGGGAGAUUCUAUUCGCUCUGGGAUACAGGAUAUGCAAAAAUACACAUUCCCAUCAUUGCCUCUGUAUCUGAACAUCAGCCUACAACGUGGGUUUCCUUCUUUUUUGAUCUUCACAUAUUGGUAUGCACUUUCCCAGCUGGCCUAUGGUUCUGCAUCAAAAACAUCAAUGACGAAAGAGUAUUUGUUGCCCUUUAUGCAAUCAGUGCUGUUUACUUUGCCGGAGUCAUGGUACGUCUGAUGCUGACUCUCACGCCAGUUGUCUGCAUGCUUUCUGCCAUUGCUUUCUCCAAUGUCUUUGAACACUAUCUGGGUGAUGACACACAGAGGGAAAGUCCACCAGUUGAGGAUAGCAGUGAUGAGGAUGACAAGAGGAAUUCUGGGAAUCUCUAUGACAAGGCAGGCAAGGUGAGAAAGCAUGUGUCUGAACAGGAAAAGACUGAAGAGGGGCUUGGUCCAAAUAUCAAGAGUAUUGUUACCAUGCUGAUGCUGAUGUUGCUGAUGAUGUUCGCUGUACACUGUACCUGGGUGACAAGUAACGCAUACUCCAGCCCAAGUGUGGUCCUGGCAUCUUACAAUCACGAUGGCACGCGCAAUAUCCUUGAUGACUUCCGCGAGGCAUACUAUUGGCUGCGACAAAAUACAGAUGAACAUGUUCGAGUGAUGUCUUGGUGGGAUUAUGGUUAUCAGAUUGCAGGAAUGGCUAAUCGGACAACUCUAGUAGAUAACAAUACGUGGAACAACAGCCAUAUUGCACUGGUUGGAAAAGCAAUGUCAUCCAAUGAGAGUGCAGCCUACCAGAUAAUGCGGAGUCUAGACGUGGACUAUGUGCUCAUCAUCUUUGGUGGAGUGAUUGGUUACUCUGGUGACGACAUCAACAAGUUUCUUUGGAUGGUCAGGAUAGCAGAAGGAGAGCAUCCAAAGGAUAUCCGGGAAAGUGACUACUUCACGCCGCAGGGAGAGUUCCGUGUGGAUAAAGCUGGCUCUCCAACUUUACUGAACUGUCUCAUGUAUAAGAUGUCCUACUACAGAUUUGGAGAGAUGCAGCUGGAUUUCAGAACACCACCAGGAUUUGAUCGUACUAGAAACGCUGAAAUUGGCAACAAAGAUAUCAAGUUCAAACACCUGGAAGAAGCCUUCACCUCAGAGCACUGGCUAGUGAGGAUUUACAAAGUCAAGAAGUUGGACAACAGAGAGAAACUUGACCAUAAACCAAGAGUAACUAAUAUAGUGCCCAAACAGAAGUAUUUAUCAAAAAAGACCUCUAAAAGAAAGCGUGGGUAUGUGAAGAACAAACUGGCACUGAAGAAAGGCAAGCGAUCCACCAACAGGAAGACCAACUAAACCAUCUGCGAGCCCUGACAACAGGCAGUUGUCCUUAUGACAACCAGUCUUUGCCUUUACCUACAAUCGGAUUCCACUGCAACACAGGGUUGCAUCCAUUGCUCAAGAGAUUCAGACAGUGUCUGAGCCCCAUAAAUCUAUUGGUUGUUUAUUGACACCUGUUUAUAGAGCCAUAUUUGAUUGUGUUGGCAAGGCAGACAGCUGCUGUCCAGGGGUAGCAGCAGAAUUCUUAUUGGUACAUAUUAUCCUUCAUUUAAAAUAGUUUUUUUAAAAAAAGGAAAGUGGGCUAACUGCACCAAAGAACCCUACUCUUUAUUAUCAUCAGCACAUGUGUACUUGCCAACCACUUGAAAGUGGCAAUAAAGAAUGUUUCUCAAUUUAUUUUGGCUGGGGCAUGGUUCAUUAUCAAAUGCUGAAUGCUAAUGAGGUAAAUUAAAUAUAUAGCACAGGAUUUGCUCAGGCUGGUUUGUCUGGCUCUGUAUGGACACAAUCUGUUUCUAGCAGUUAUUACUGUCAAAGCAAAACAUCUGUCAUGGGGAAGAGGGCUAGAGAGUCUGCCAGCAUCCUUAUUCCUUGAUUUUUUUUCUUCUUUUGGUUGAAAAAGGUCAACGAGUUGGAAGAAUUCUGUUUGAUUUUGGGUGGUCGGGUUUCAGAAUUAGGCAAGAGAGCUGAGAGGAUUGGCACAACGUUUGGACUGUAGAUGGCUGGCAGUUACACACGUGCUUUUUCGCUAUCUACUAGAUUUUUUUUAAAUGAGAGGAAUUCCUCUUAGCAGAAAUGUUCAUUUUUGUCACAAUAAUUUACCUUUCCCUUUUCUUGUGCUUUCUCCAUAUACUUACCUUUUAAAUAAAAUAAGUCUCUAAGCAAAAGCUACUAAUUUCAUACGUAGGGUUGUAAAACAUUUGGUUGGACAAGUUUCUUUUUUUUAAAAAAGUUAUUUUGUGAACAAUUCUAUAAGAAUCAAUGCACUAUAACUAAAAUCCAAGGAGACAAAUCUUUUCAUUGGUGUUUUUCCCUUUUUUCAUUGUUUUCUUCCUGUAGAGAAAGCCCAGUCUUGAUACAGUCUUUUGAAAACUUCCUUUACUGAGAUGACCUGUGAAUAAUGAAGACUCAUGAUACAUGCUCUCCAAAUUUAAUUGAUGUUCCUCUUUCUUCCCUCAAGGAUUAACAUUGUAAUUUUCUAUGUAUGCAGCUCUUUCCAAUGCAAAAAAAGCUGCAGAAACUAUUGGUGUAAAAAAAAUUAAAGAAUAGUAUGUACCGUAUUUUGAAAACAUUUGUAAAUUAAACUGUGCAGUAUAUGCCUUA